AUGGAACCUGAUCAGAGUCAAGAAGCAUCACCUACAACCGAGAAACAGCCUGGGUUUUCGUCAAAUGCUGACUCGGCGGAUCUCCGUCUGGUACGGGGCGAGAUUCCUGUCACAGCAUUGAUCGUAGUUUGUCUCUCUUUUUUUGAGCGAAUCGCUUUUAAUGCGGUCACUAGUCCAUUACAAAACUACAUCCAGAAUGCUGAAGACGACCCGUUACGCCCCGGAGCCCUGGGCCUAGGCGAAGAAAUCGCCUCAACAAUAAUCAGCAUCUUCUUCAUGAUUAGCUUUACCACCCCUCUGCUCGCCGGCGUUUUAGCAGAUGUCUAUCUCGGCCGGUUCAGGACCGUUUUGUUGUCCUACGGCAUGUAUAUUUUGGGCGUCUUUGUGCUGUUCAUGACCUCCUUGCCAGCGCUAUUGAGUCGCGGCGCGGGUCUUCCUGGUCUAAUCGUUGCGAUGGUUUUUGUAAGUUGUGGUCUGGGUGCUAUCAAGGCAACUAUACCGCCAUAUCUAGCAGAGCAAUGCUCCAAUGUCAAUGAGGAGAUUGUCAUUCUGCCGAGUGGUGAGAGGGUGUUUGUCUCGCGGCCGGCGACGAUUGAAUAUACCUUUAAUCUGUACUAUUGGAGCAGUAAUAUGGGUGUGUUGUCUCGAAUUGCGAGUACAUACCUGGAAAAAAAUGUUGGGUUCUGGGCUGCUUUUCUCGUUGGGUUGAGUUCUCUGUGUCUUGGUGUUAUCACCCUGCUAGUUAGUAGAGGGCGACUUAUUGAGGUUGAUCGACAAGUGAGUGCAAUCAUUUGGGCAGCGAGGGCGCUCAGAAUCGCUGUUUUCAAGCGACUGCACAUCCCAAUCUCGAAGAAUGAAGAUGACAGGUCUGUGCCUGGGUCAGACGAGUACAUCCAACAACUGAAAUCAGGGCUGAAAGUGUGCCACGCAUUUCUCCCCUUCGUUGUUUACUGGCUCUGCCAGGCUCAAAUGGGUACCAACACCGUCUCCCAAGCAGCGAAUAUGCAGACACACGGUAUCCCGAAUGAUCUGUUAUCGGUCAUCGAUGCCUUCACGGUCAUUAUCGUGUUACCAAUGCUCAACCAUAUGCUCUAUCCCUGGCUUCGCAAGCUCGGAUACUCAUGUUCCUCAAUCACACGCAUUGCUGUCGGCCUCGCAUUCGAAAGUUGCGCAAUGGCCUGGGCGACUGGCGUGCAAGCGUUGAUCUAUACCUCACCACCGUGUUACUCUAGACCCAGGGCAUGUGCUGCAUCCCACAACGGCGCACUCCCCAACGACGUAAACGUCGCGUUCCAGCUUCCGGCUUACGUCUUUGAGGGCAUAGGUGAAUCAUUUGCGUUGCCGGCCGUUUAUGAUUAUGCAUUCAAUAAUUCGCAUCAAAACUUGAAAAGCAUUGUGCAAGGGAUUUAUGUGCUUAGUGCUGCAUUCGGGUAUGGUAUUAGUCUUGCGUUGAGCCCGACGUAUAAAGAUCCUAAGUUGUUGUAUAUGUAUGCUGGCUUGGCUGGGUCUACAAUGCUUGUAACGAUUGCGUUUAUUUUGGCCUUUCGAGCCCACUGA